GCAGCUCCACUUCUCCACGGAGGACACGGAGCAUCACUGUGGACCGGCCGAGCAACAAGUGGACGGAACCGGCAGCAUGGACCACUCCAAGCACUCUCAGUACCCUUCCGCCGACAAGACGGACUCCGGGGACACCGGCGGCUCGGUGCUCAACGGACACUUUGACGGGAUGGUGAAGCGGGCGGCCGGCGGCACCGGACGGAGCUCCGCCCCGCCGGCUCCGGGCGCCGAGUCCGGGUCGCACCGGGCGGCCGCCUCCGUGAUGGAGAGCUGGAAGGAGGAGCGGACCCGGAGCGUGGAGGACAACGAGAUGAGCCUGCCGUCCCUGGCCGCCGCCUACACCACCAUCCUCCGGGGGCUCGGCGAGGACCCGCAGCGGCAGGGGCUCCUGAAGACCCCCUGGAGGGCCGCCACCGCCAUGCAGUUCUUCACCAAGGGCUACCAGGAGAAGAUCAUCGACGUGCUGAACGACGCCAUCUUUGAUGAAGACCAUGACGAGAUGGUGAUCGUCAAAGACAUCGACAUGUUCUCCAUGUGUGAGCAUCACCUGGUUCCUAUCUUCGGCAGGGUCCACAUCGGUUACCUCCCCAACAAGAGAGUUCUGGGCCUCAGCAAACUGGCCAGGAUUGUUGAAAUCUACAGCCGUCGACUACAAGUUCAGGAGAGGUUGACCAAACAGAUCGCCGUGGCGAUCACCGAGGCCUUGCAGCCCACCGGAGUCGGAGUCGUGAUCGAGGCGACCCACAUGUGCAUGGUGAUGCGUGGCGUCCAGAAGAUGAACAGUAAAACCGUCACCAGCACCAUGUUGGGAGUUUUCAGGGAAGAUCCGAAAACCCGAGACGAGUUCCUGACGCUGAUCCGGAGCUGAGGAGGAAGACGCCGCUCCUCCUCCUCCUCCUCCUCCUCCUCCUCCUCCUCCUGUUGCCUGGGUUACCUCCACCUGCACGGACCGGCCGUUGGUCACCUGAGUGUGUGCGUCAGAGUGUGUGUUUGUGUGUUUCCAUCCCACCGGAGGCAGUGACAGAGUGUUGAUGUGUUUUCACCGUAGAGAUAAAGUCGUUGCCGCGGUGAUUCGGUCUGACAGGUCAUUUACUUCCAGACCGCAAAGAGACUUUAAACAUUCGUCCACAUGUUGUUGUUGUGAUUCUUGAUCAAAUAUCAGCGUUUCACCUCGAAUAACUGUUUACCAAGAGAUUUUGAUUCUGAACUUUUGCUCCACAGAUUUCCUGAUAAAACCUCCAGCGGCAUUUAAACGUCCUUUAGACACUGUUUGGCAAAAAUGGCCCCAAAAAGGUGAAAUUUUAGAAUUAGAAACAGCUUUUUUUUUUUGGCCAAAUAUGUGAACAAAUACAAGAAAUUUGACUUCAGCUCCUAAAUUACUUAUUAUCUAAAUUACACAAAGUAAAACAGACGUGCUCUUAGACAAGAAAUGAGUGUUUAUCUACUAUACACCAUAGUUACAUGUACACAGUCAUGUUUAAAGUCAAGCAGAGUUUAUGUGCAAAAUCAAAGUUUAGUGGAAAAUACAAUAACAAGAAAAGCAGUCAGAGAGCGCAGUACAGGGGGUCCUCGGUUUACGACGUCCUCGACCUACGGCGUUUCGUCAUUACGUCAGAACUGGUUAUGUAGAACUACUUGGUGAGCGGAGCGGACGAAUACGUCGUCAUGUGAGGCUAUAAGACGGCUUUGUUAACAUACUCCACCUUGGAUUGUGUUACAUUCGCCAACUUUUUGCCCUUCAUUACGGCUCCCAAGCACGGUCAAGUAGAUCACGUUGUAAAAACAGUGCAACAUAUUCUGUUAUCUUCUUGUAAAAUGACUCCUACAUGCAUGAAAGUCAUUAGUAUUCAUAACUUUUCCGAAGAACGGAUCGAUAUUGUGAUGCAUAUAGCAGCUUUUUGCCGGAGUUCCGACUUACGGUGAAAAUCAACUACGUCGGGCCGUAGGAACGGAACUCAGACAUAAGUCGAGGACCCUCUGUGCUCCCCCCAGUGCAGUAUUUUUUUUUAGAAAUGCAGCAUUUGUUUGUUAGUUAUUGAUGAUCAGAAUGUGGUCAUUUAAUAUAAAUGUACCCACAAAUAAAAUUACCUUAAGCUGAACAUAGGCGUGUGUUAUACAUGUGUACGUUAUGUACCGAAUCACGUGACCUAAAUAUGUAGCAGGCGGCGGGAAUUGAUGGGACUCAGAAUUUAAUCAGUUGUUCCUUGGAUCAUUUCCGACUCAUGAGUCCUGAUAAGUCUGCAGCGGUCGAUUUAUAGUAGGAUCGCAAUCAUGUGAUCGUAGUGUUCACUUGUUGUCAUGCUUACAGUGACGCCGUGCCUCUAUCUUAAUGAUACAGGAAUCUUUAUCAAAUCCGUGGAUCCAGACUAUAAGCCGCAUCACUGCCAAAAUCUAAUCACUUGGUCCUUGUUUCAUUUCUGACCUUCCCUGACAUUUUCAUCCCGAUCCAUUGGUCUGUUUUUAAGUAAUGCUGCGAACAGACAGACGGACAGACAAACGUACGCCGAUCGUCACAGAACUCUGCCGCGUUCCUUUACAAAUGCAGAGAUUGUGCAGGAAACAGCUUCAGAUUCACACUCUGAGUUUUUUUACGUUUAUCGACACUAACAGUCCAAAUUUUUCCACAAAUGUAAGAAUAAAACAGAUUUUCAGCAACUAAACACAUAUUCAUAAAUAUUAAAAGACUCUCUGACAGCUAGAAUCUCCUGUCUGAGUUAAAAACAAGAGAUGUCUUGGUUCUAAAUUUACAACUUAUGAAGUAUGUUAAUGCUAUAAGUGCCUUCGUUGAGUCAAAUUCUUCAUGGAUCACAUUUAAAAUCAACUAAAACUGACCAGACAGAUGAAAUUAUGGAACUGAUACUACAACGGACAUCACUGAAAGAUGGAAAAAUACAACAAUACUGAGUUUUAAAACAGAUUUUAACAAUGGGAGAGUUAAUAAAGCUUCAUUCAAAUCAUCUGCCUCACUGUAUGCAGGACCUAAAUUCUCUUCUGCUUCAGGAAGCAACAGCAGGAACCUCUGAGCAGAAACAAACACUGAAAAUGUGAUUAUAGCGCAGCCGCAAAACCAAAACAACUUGUUAAUGAAACUCACAAUCGAAGCUGAUCCCUUUUCAACGUCUUUUUAUUCUGACAGCAGAUCUGUUGCACUUCACAGGCCAACAGAUCCUCCAGUGAGCCGAACUACAGUCAGGUUUCACCUCUCAGACGUCGAUUAUUAAAUCAGGUUUUAUCAGUAGAAGUCGUAUCGUCCAGCUGACAAACGGAUUUUACUGUUUUCUUUAGCAGUUAAUUCAACAAUUCAAUGACAGGAUUUGCCUUCUAGUGCGCAAAUAUUCCACCAAAAUCUUUAUUUUAAAUAUCUGUCAGUAUUAUUCAGCCAAUCAUAUCGAGUUACUGAAACAAACGUGUCAUCAUGAAUUUGUCUCUUUAUUAUUUAAGUCAUUUUUUUAAUCAAAAUUGUCAAACAUUUGCAGUUUUAUAUAUUAAUAUCUUAAAUGUUUCAGACAAAACGAGUCACUUUGAGCCUUUUUUCACUUAUUUCUGACAUUUUGUAAGCAACAAAUCGAUCAACAAAAAAAGAGAAAAUAUUGAAAGAUUAACAGCUGCGGUCCUGAAUUUGACUUUAAAUGUUCUCGUCUGAUCUUUUACUAAUGUUUCUUGUGAUGAACGGCACUUUAACACUCUGACACACCUGAAACACCUCAAACUUUACGUCACGUCUUUUACUCUCUUAGCUGAGAAUUAAAACCACGAGGUUUGUAUUUGUACAAUCAACUGUUUCACUGUCCAACUGCAUUUGUUGUGAAAUCUUUAGAGCUAAAUCCAUACAAACGACACCAUUACUGUCAUUUUUACCUUUAAUUUCUAGUGUUUUACGGUCCUGUUGGAGGAUCUGCCUUUAUGUGCCAACUCGCCUCUCGAUUUAAACCAAAAAACGACUUCAUGGUUAAACAACUUUCAUUCCCAUGAGAGGAAAACGUCUGUCAGUGUGUGUGUGUGUGUGUGUGUGUGUGUGUGUGUGUGUGUGUGUGUGUGUGUGUGUGUGUGUGUGUGUGUGUGUGUGUGUGUGUGUGUGUGUGUGUGUGUGUGUGUGUGUGUGUGUGUGGUUUCCUCAGUUCAGACUCUGUGGAGACGAGUGUGUGUGACGUUGUGUUGACUUGUGUAGCAUCAUUUUUGGAUUUCGGUGCAUCCCAGCGUCCCCAGACAGACUCUGGGAGGUUUUAACUGGUGUGUUUGUGUGUCUGUGUGAGUGUCGGAGGGAAGACGAUGCUAACAAACGGCUCUGAUGUUGUUUUAUUUCGUGGCCUUGUUGAGAAGGACGGCUCCUUCAGCAUCAUUGUCACUUUAUGUACUGUGUUCACUUCAAAGACUUUUUAAUCAAAGGAAAUAAAUCUCUGUGUGUAAGCGG